CUACCGACAACGGACCUGCUCUAACGUAUGCGCUUGUUAUCCUUAACCAACGCCUCCCUCGAUUCACUCCUUUGCUCUGGGAGCACACACAGGUUCAUGUUUGGGCUGACGGUGGAGCGAAUAGGGUGUUUGAUGAAUUGCCCCGCUUUUUUCCUCGUGACUAUCCUUCUGAUAUUCGUAAGAGGUACAAGCCAUAUGCUAUAAAAGGAGAUAUGGAUUCAAUCAGAACCGAUGUUCUUGACUUUUAUAGAGGCCUGGGGACCAAGAUAAUUGAUGAAUCUCAUGAUCAAGAUACCACAGAUCUUCAUAAAUGUGUUGCAUAUAUUCGUGAAUUACUAAACCCGGAACAUCCAAAUUUGUGUAUUCUAGCCACCGGAGCACUUGGUGGAAGGUUUGACCGUGAGAUAGGAAAUAUUAAUGUCAUAUGCCGUUUCCCGUCCAUGCCAAUUAUUCUUCUCUCUGAUGACUGCCUCAUCCAACUUCUUCCGAGUACACAUCAUCACAAGAUUCAUAUCUAGUACUCUGGAGGGCCACAUUGUGGACUCAUACCCAUUGGAACGGCUGCUGGGAGAACCACAACCACAGGUCUCAAAUGGAAUUUGGACACGACAGAAAUGAGGUUUGGUGGUUUAGUCAGUACAUCUAAUAUCGUGAAAGAGAACGUAGUAACAGUGCAAUCUGAAUCUGACCUCCUAUGGAUGAUUUCUAUGAAAAAAGAAUGAAGGAUGCAGCUUGUAGAUGACACAAAUGAAGAGUCAAAUUUUGCUAGAUGAAUCGUGGGUGCUGACCUCCAUUUUCUGUUCAAUUCUUUCCAGAUAAAGAAGUUUCACAGAGUUUGAAAAUUGUUGAGGUUCUUAUUUCUUUUUUGGAAUACAGUAUCUCUCCAGUCCGAUUGUGUGCUGGCACACAGCAGAUUUCUUUGGCGUCAAGUGCCUGUGUUGCAGUAGUAUUGGGGAAACAAACAACACGGGGUCUUAUGAGUAAAGAGUACUUAACUUUGAUUAUCAACUUCUGUUUAUGUGCUUGAUUCAUUACACGCAUUUGGUCCAACAGUUCUCUAAUAAUC